AUGUUUGGCCCUUUUCGCAUCACGAACCCCCUCUCGAGCGGUCUCUUGUGGAAGAUCCCUUGGCGACUGUCCAAGUUUCAGAAACGUCGUCAUCGCAUGCGUCUCCGCGCCGUCGACGACGUCGUCUCCACCAUCGACACGGCCCUCGCCAGGCAGGGUCAGACCCUAGAGGCUCUGGAGAGGUGGAAGGCCGAGAUGCCCACCGAGGCCGAGAUGCUGCCGCGCGACAAGUACACUACGUUUGACCGCAAGGCUAAGCGUUAUCGAAAGGGGAUUCACAGAGUCCCCAAGUGGACGAGGGUAUCGCAGAGAAUCAACCCUCCUGGUUACUAG